UAGUAUUUACCUCGUAUCAGUUGGUUAUAAGUGCUCAUUCCAUUAUUAUAACUUGUUGUAUUUAAUCUAUUUUAAUUGAUAAUUAUGGAUAUUUUGGCACUGGACAACAGAGUUCUUAUUCUUUUAGCAUAUAAUGAAAAUGAAAAUUCAGUGGAAACUUUGACUAAUAAAAUAAGAACUUCUAUUGGCAAUUCAGGAGAAAUAUUUUUUUCCAAUUCAAGUAAUUUAUGCAAUUAUGAUUCUUCAUCGGUUGAUGUUAUUUUAUCAAGAUAUGAAAUUUCUUAUGUUCGUAAUGACGAUGUACUAAAAGAGGCAUUGCGGAUUUUAAAAACAGAUGGAUAUCUUGUUAUUCAUGAAAAAUUAAAUAAAAAUAACGACACAAGUUUGAGUUAUCAAAUAACAAAUUUAAUUAUUAAUGGAUUUGCGGUAGUAGAUGGAAAAGCUAAAUCUAUUACGCUAGACAAUGGAAGAAGUGUAUAUGAAUUAGUAGCGGUAAAACCGUCUUAUGAAAUUGGGUCCUCCGAAAAAAUUUCUUUUAAAAAACCAAAAUCCGGUGUUUGGAAAAUAAGUAAUAGCGACGAUGAAGAUUUAAUCGACGAAGAAAAUUUGUUAGAUGAGAAUGAUAUUUUAAAGCCAAAUGCUGAUACGUUAAAAGUUUGUGGGACAACCGGUAAACGUAAGGCGUGUAAGAACUGUUCAUGUGGCUUAGCGGAAGAAUUACAGGGGGAAACUGCAUCUGAAAAACAGCCACAAUCGUCAUGCGGUAGUUGUUAUCUUGGAGAUGCUUUUCGUUGCGCUACUUGUCCCUACCUUGGAAUGCCAGCGUUUAAGCCUGGAGAAAAAAUUAUCCUUCCCGAUAGUCAGCUACAAGCGGACUCGUAAUUGUAUGCAUUUUUAUAAUUAAACCAUCGUCUCGCAUAAUUAUAUUAUUUUAAUGAAUAAUAAUUCCAUAAGCUAUAUUUAUAUAAUGAAACAUAGUAAAAUUGUAAAAGGAAUAGAAUCUAAGGAUUUAAUGUGCUAUUUUAAAUAAAGAAGAAUAGAGUUAGAA